UUUAAUUUAACUGCAUGGUUUAUCAUAUUGGCAGUGGAAGCGGGUUUAUCUAAGAGCUGCAUCUGCCAGAGCUGCUCCUCAGAGUUUGCUGCUGCUCUUGUUUGCAGGUUGCUAUCAAAGUGUGUGCUCUUCACUCUUGGGGCACGAUUUGAGUUACCUCGUGCCUGGGAUAGUGGCUGGCAAUCCUGCUUGGGUUGGGGGGUUGGAACCGAAUGACCUUUAAGGUCCCUUCCAAGCCAACCAUUCUAUGAUUCCGUGAGUUCAGCAGAAGAAAUGCCUUACUGAGAAGAGCAGCAGUAAGGCUGAUAAGAGUGAGGCUCUGUACCAUGAAUACUGGGCAGUAAUGUGCCUUGCUGAAAGGUUACGUGAGUGGGGGCUGGAGCACUGCAGGGAUGCCCUCUACCCUCCUUGUUUCCUUGGAAAUAAUUAGCAUAAAAAACUAAAAGUUGAGUUUUACUUCAUGAGAAAGAGGAUGCUGCACUUUCUAUGGCGAUGUGACGCUGAUCACAAGGGCGCAGGUAACGGAAAUGCUUUAAGAGCUUGAGUCACUCUGCAGAGGCAAUGUCAGCAGAACACAGGCUGUGUGCUCUCUAGGAUAGGGACUGACCACGUCCUGCGCUGCUUCUGCAAAGAGAACUGAAGCUCCAAAGCGGAAAGGAGUGGGAGCGGUGGUAGUUUCCUUUUAGGAAAUACUGCUCUGCUCUGAAGUAGGGGUGAAAUAUUUGGAUGAAUGAACCCCAGGUCGUAGUUGCACGUCAGCAUUUUGCCCCAGUGCACGAGCAGACGUGGGGUAGGAGCUUGUUUUGUGCUAAGCAAGAGCUGCCUGGCUGCGCACAGCAGCGAAUCUCUGCGCCCAGCAUCACAGCUGAGCUCCGGCAGCUGCGGCUCCAGGCAGGACCUGCGGUCACCGCGUGCCCCUCGUUAACAGCAGCACAACACAGCACGCGCUGCGUCGGGGUGGGUGGGAGCGCAUCUCCUUCCUUUCCUGGAGAAUGUCUUAAUUUUCUGUUGAAAUCUUGUCCGAAGUCUUAUCUUAACAAGUAAUCAUGGUCGUGUUUUUGAGCAGGCAAUUGCAAUGAGGGACACAGAGGAAGCUGGAGUGCCUGGAAGCUGUGGUGCAGCUGCUGAUUCAUUAUGAAUCAGAGAGAGCAGCCUCCCCUGGGCCUCUGCCAUCCUCACAGCAUCGAUAGGAGCUCUGCUGCAAGGUGUGGGGGUGGGGGGUGGGUGGACUGUCCCCUUGUGCACCUGGGGGGAGAACAGGCUCCUGGGUGCCCAUCCCACUGCAACCUGUGAUUGGCAGUGGUUCCAGGCAGCUGCUCCCAUAGGGACUUCUCCCCCUGCCCUAAACAGACACUGCUAAGCAGCUUUUUGCUUAGAAGAGCUCUGUGUAUCUUAAAGACCAUGUGUGGAAAAAAAGUGUUGUGGUAAAAUACAAUUAAGAUACGAAAAGGUUUAGAAAAGUCACAAAGAAGAAAACUGAUUGGAACAUAUGGCCAAAUCCUUUGUUUAGCAACAGGAACCAAAGGCCAGAAAUACAUACAUUCCUUCUUGGAAUGUCAGGAAAUGGCAGUUUAUUUUUCCUUCAACUUGGCAUGGAAGCGUUAUGCAUGGGAACGAAAUCCCGACUGCGCGCAGAUGAUGGGGAGAUGUCUGCUGGAUAAGAUGGAGGCAGGCUUUGGGCAACAGCUUGAAAAGAGGAGAAAAAGAGGGGCAUGGGGAGAAUGAGCAGCGCUGCCCUGUAAUUCCCAUCACUGCUUCGUGGGCUGGAUGUAAAUCCACACGAGUUCCCACCCGGGCGAUUCUGCCUGAAGUUUGAGCAUCGGUCAUUCGUUAUUUUAUCAGAAACUGAUUUGACCAGUGAGAACUUCAAGCCUGACAAUUAGUACGUGUCCACCCCCAGAAAACCAAUUAACGCUUUGAAUGGGUAAAAGCAGGUCCUGAUAUUCGCUCCUUGCUGAAGCUCAUACAAAAAGACGCGGAAUUCCUGUCCACCACGGACGGCCUUAUGUUCUGAAAUUCACAAACAGAAAAUAAACGGCACUGGGCAAAGCUCAAACUGACUCAACCAGUCGACUGCCGGGACGUGGCCGGGCAGCACAUCCCCCCCUGCUGCCGGUGGGGAAUGCUCGUUUCUUCAGGUUGCUCAGAGGUGAGGAGAUGAACCGCAAACUGUUGUGUGAAUAGCAGAGGGCAUCGCUGGCGCGGGAGCGUAACUGCUCAGCAAACACAACCCCCAGCCUUUAGCUGUAUCUCCUCCUCAAAAUACUUCAUCUCAUCUUUCCGUACGAGAAGUGCUUGCAGAUUUGUUGGUGUUCGAAUUGCCGCUCCAGAGGUUUGGGAAAUGCGCUCACCCCCGAGGGAAAUUUCCACAAUAAAACUGCUCUUGUUUGUGCUGCCUCAGGAGGACGACGAAGAGAAAAAUUUAAGACGACAGAUGAAAAAGUGCUUGCGUUGUUUUAACUGAAGAAUAUUCAGUGCAGUAGCAGAGCCCUUGCAGACCACGGGAAGCAGUGCACAGCGGUGCUGGAGCCUCUUAAACCCAAGCUGAGGGGGAAGGGCGUGCAGCAAGCGCAGCGGCAGAGCUGCAGGGAUGGAUGCUGCUCGAAUUAUCAGUUUGUUAUUGUGAGGGAUUUUUCUAGUAACAUUCCCAUACAUUUUAUGGAGGAGAUAAGUCUGCUGCAUAGUGCUGAAUACGGGUCUUGGGGAUGAGAAAGGGAGCAGUGCUGCUCAGUCACAGUAGAUAUUUCAUAGUGAGGUUGUGGGGCUUUUGGUGUUUUUUGGUUUUUGUUGUGAUGGAAGCACUGCUGGGUAAGGCACCAAAUAUAAAGACGUACCAAGCGAGAAUUACGGAGAGUGACUGCCUUGCAUUGGAUCAGCUGGUCUAAAAUUCAGUAGGAGUGGGUACACAAGAACUUUUGAUCACGCCUAACUUAAUUGAACCCAUUUUCCGGAGGCCUUAUGGUGUAAAGCUGUUCGGUAGGGUUGCCUGUGUGUGUGCGACUGAUUAACAUUGCAGUGACGAGGUCACAGGCUCCCAAAUGGGGGAGAGCAGCAUCUUAGAAAUAGGUUGCUGAGGAUGCAGCCUCUGCCCUCCAGGUCUGCACCUCGUCAUUGCCUCACUAAGUGAGCUGAGGGAUGGGGUAACAGCAACGUCUGCCCAAGCGCUUUCUCACAGGGUGACAAACUGCCCUUUGAGAUGUUCUCCAUCUCAGGACAGCUUUAUAGGGCUGCUGAUAGGCUGACAGGGAAAAAGCAACUAACGUCAAAGAAGAAAAACACUUUGAUCUCAUCUGCAUUGCUUUAGUGCUUGUUCCAUGCUGGUCGUUGUUAAGGACACGUUAAUGAGAUGACAUAAAAUAACGAAGAGCGCUGCACAGCCGCCCCGAGAUGGCAUUCUGCAGAUGGUGGCAGACAGGCCGCUUCCUCUCCUCUGGUAAUAAAGGAAACAAGCAGAUCCCGGUGGCCCCAAAGUGCAGCUUCCUCCCAGUGAAGCAUCCCGUAGGGUCUCUGCAACCCUGGGAAUGCAGAGCUUGUUUAUGGUUAAUGGAAGGUCAGGGAUGCUUCUGCUCACAGGACGGGAAGGGGCUGCCACAGUGAUUCUUAACAUAUGUCCUGGGCAGCUGAAAGCAGAGCUAGGGCCCAACAUCCAGCACACAGCCUGGUUAGUGAGCCAGAGCUGCACUGCAGGUGACCUCACUCUGCAGAGGAGAAAAGCAGCUAGCCCAUAGAAAGCUCUUUGCUGACAUAACCAUUGCACUUGCCAGUACCAGGACUAUCUGGUUCAAUGCCUUCUUGUACGUAUUUCCCAUAAAAUAAUUAAAUUCAUCAGUACCUGUGAUGUUAGGUAUUGCUGUGAGUUUGCUGCAUUUUGUUUUGCUGGUAUUACGCUGAUCUUCCACAGCCAUUUCAUUAUCCUGAGCUCAUACGCGUUGAAGCUGUAGCUGGUGCUCCUGAAAACCAGCAGAACUUACACCAUUUCCACGCUGCCUUUGGUAGGAGCGAUGCAUAGAAGAAAUGCUGCACGUGUCUCUUCUGAACCAGCCCUGCUGCUGUAAGGCCCUGAGAGGGCAGGCCAGUAACCAGCACAACCAGAAAGGACGCAAGGAAUGCAGGGACUGACUUAUCCCACAAGUAGAGGAGCAAAGAGAACACAGAAGAUAUAAAGGCAGAUCUUUUAUUUAUUUAUUUUUUUUACGCGUUGUGCAAAUGCUCCUCCCCCUGUGUUCUUAGAGAUGGGAGCUCAGCAGAAAUUCAGGAACAAUUUCAGUGGUGUGCCAGCGCUUGUGUUGGUUUUGCAAUGAGUUGCUGCAAAUUUCUGCCUGGUUGCGGGCACUGAAAGUACACACAGAAGAGACCCUCUGAGGAUAGAAGCUGGUGGCUGUGUGUCUCGUGGUUUGGUUUUCUUGUUUUAGUUUUUGUGGUGUGAUAUAAGGAUGCAAAAAGAGAAUUGAGUUUGAGAAUUUUGCCUGAGACCUUCCUCUAGUUUGGUGGCUACAAAUCAGUAAUGUAUUUUCUUACCUGUUUCUGCCUUCUAUAAAAAUCUCUCAGAGAUUGGUUUCGAGGAGAAAGGAUAAGAAAUCUUCAUUAAACUACUUUCCUGAGUUUCUCUGCCCUCCAUCAAAUAUGCUGGAAAAUGCCACAAAGGGACCGCGAGGAUUCAAAUUCAGUCUUUCCCUGCCAGUAAGAUGGCUGCAGCAGUGAAGGUGGGGUCAGCUGGAAUAAAUCCUCUCACCAGUAUCUGCUGCAGUCACACAGGGAUGCUGCUGAGAGCCACUGAGGGUCAGUCCCGUAACUGAGGCAGUGAUCCAGACGUGCAUGGGCUGCUCAUGUGUGCAGGUCAAAUUCUGACCUGGUGAAAACUGGCACCUAGAUGCUGGCACCUAGACACCCUUUAAAACCAUACUGUGACCCGAAGUUUCUUCCACCUCCUUUUGCUGGAGCUUGGAAGAAGGUUUUGUUGUUCAGUGCAGCAGAGAAGGGCUCCGUUCCCAAGCUCAGAUCCCCUGCAUGAGCUCAGGUGAGGUGCUGUACCUCAGCUGCUUUUUUGCACGGCGAGGAUGGUUCCUCUGUUCCUGUGCCCACCCUUCUGAGGGCUGAUGAAGAGGGUCUGUCUUUCAGUGGGUAGAGUGCUCAGCAAAAAGGGAGCAAAUGCCAAGAGAGCUCUAGAAUGUCACUGUCUAAUAACAGGAGAAGUUGGGUGGGGUGUUGGUGUUUUUUGUUUGGUUUUGGUUGGUUGUCUGUUUGGGUUUGGGAUUUUGGGGGGUUGGUUGGUUUGGCUUUUGGCGUUUGUUUUGUUUUUCUUCUUAGUGGUAACAAUGUGUGAAGUGCAGGCCCAGCCUGUGCUGCUCUCUGAUGAGAUUCCUGACGGGCUGACUUCAGCACGGGUGGUUCAGAGCAUUUGGCUCUGCCCAAACAGAAAGCAGGCUGCCAUCUCCAAGGCAAGAAGGCUGCUUUAAUCAGACCGUGCCAUAAGGUAAAUGGGACUGUUGUUGUCUGCCUCUGACAGCUGCUGAUGGACAAGUCCAUGUAUCAUAACAAGGCCAUUGUUCACGGCCAUUCUCCUGAAGGAGGGUGUGCUGCUAACAGCAGGCUACUUCCAUCAGCUGAGCUGACAAAUGGGUUUGCUGCUGCUUCAAACCAGCUGUCGCUUUACAGCAAAUGCUCUGCACAAAAAUACAAGGCAUCAUGUUUCCUAUUUGGGUGCUAUCUCUUUGGACAUUACUUGCACUUUCUGCUAAGAAACUAAUGCUGGAACAUCCAGUGGGAAGCUGUCAGACAAUUUUUAAGCUGAAAGCAAAUGGUAAAUGGAAAAGCACUGCAGUUACAGCUCUGUUUACUCUUUGCAGAAAUGCCCCAGAUGAAUAAAGCUACCUGCUGCAGCUGCUUUUCAUUCUUUCGUCUUGUACGGAGUAAGCAAAUAUCCUAAAUCAAUAUGCUAAAAAUAAGAUAUUAUCACUCACGACUGCCAGACUAUAUAUAAGCUCAGCUGUGGCAGGUAGAGCAGCCCUGUGGUGAGGAAGCUCGGAAAGUAUGAAUAUUUGCUUUCCUACGGAUUUUCUGUGACCUGCCAAUUCUACUCUUCGUUGGCUUCCUGUAUGUAUAUUUUUAAAAAAGAGAGAGGAGGUGGAAAGGUGGUGUUGAAGAUACUGAGAGAUACUGAAUGCUUCAGUGCACGGUGACGUCUGUGUCAUGGAGAGGAACAAGGGCGCUGCUCCAGCUGCACUCACCUGAAGCUGAGCUCCCAAGUGUGCUGCCCAGCCGGCAGAAACAUCAGUGCACGUGGUGUCACUGUGCACGAGGCUGGGAGUUUCUCCCUGAGCUAAAUGAUGUGCAUUGUUGGCCUGGGAUUCUGUGAGGCAAUAGGAUUCAGCUCUCCAGCCUGACGGAGGGCUGAGAUGGGCACCACUGGAGAUUCUGUCUUUAGCACUGCAUUCCCAGCGCUGCCAGCAGGUUGAGCUCCUCAGCACUGACACUGCCAAGGGGUUUGUCUUUGUCAGGCUUGGAGGAGAAAAGAAACAUUGAAGGGAAAAUAAGUAGUGUGCUUAUUUCUUUUUCUAGUAAGGAAUGAUUAAUUGCUAAUGUACAGCUGAAGCCCUCAGAUAAACGAGGUGGCAAACUGGGUGGAUGAGGUUUAUUUUUGGCUGGGUGACGCGUUUCCUCUGACUUCUGACAAACAGUUCACAGAAAUGGGGAAAACCACCAAUUUUUCAUAGCAUGAUGCUCAUGAGGUCCAGGUAAUGAAUGCUAGCCUCGCUUCCAAGAGCGUCAGCGGGAAAAGUGAUGCAGAAACAUGCAGCAGUGUUAUUAUUUCUGUAACACCAUAGCAGACAAAUGUUAGAGGCGCUUGACGCUCCGAAUCCAGCGCUCUGAGAAAUGUUCUUUGAUUCGAGCCCAUGCAUUUUUGUAUUAAAUUGGGGUGGCAGUGGAGGCGAGCACCACGCCAGUGCCUCGCUGUGCUGCGGGUGUGACGGCGCGGUGCUGUGUUCUCUCCCUCAGAACGCGCUGGCGAAGGCGCUGUACGACAACAAGGCAGAGUGCUCGGACGAGCUGGCCUUCCGCCGAGGGGACAUCCUGACGGUGCUGGAGCAGCACGUGGUGGGCAGCGAGGGCUGGUGGAGGUGCUCGCUGCAUGGGCGGCAGGGCCUGGCUCCUGCCAACCGCCUGCAGCUCCUGGCGGGCCCGCAGGCCCUGCCGCCUCCUGCCGCCCCCAGCGAUGGCCCGGAGCCACCCGCAGCCCCGCAGAACAUCUACCAGGUGCCCUCCGUGCCCAAAGCCACCGCGUCGUCCUCUACGUACGAGAAGAUGGAGGGGUGGGUGACAUCGCCGGCUCGGGCUGCCACCCUGCCUGCCCCGGGGGUCUACCAGGUGCCGGCCUUGGCUGCGCAGCUGCUCAGCGAGAGGACGCGGAGCUCCACGCAGCAGCACCUCUUUACUCUUCCAAGAGCGUGCCGGGCUUCAGUGCCAAACAUCACCAGUGAGGUGUACGAUGUCCCAUCCAUGAAGAGCCGGGAGUCCCUACUCACGCAAAGUGGUGCCACUCCACCUGCAACACGAAAGGGCUCUGUGCCGGCCAGGUCCCCCAAGCGCUUCCAGGAAGAGCAGCAGCUCUACCACGUCCCAUCCAGCUCAGAGAAGGCUGGAGCUGUUACCCAGGAUUCGGCAGUGGGCAACCUGUAUGAUGUCCCUCCCAAAAGAGAAACUGAUGCUUCGGAGAAGAAAUCUCAGAAAAAGUGGGGCCACUGUAAUACUUUGCCAAAUCCUCGGAAAUCAGAAUGGAUUUAUGAUAUUCCAGUAUCGCCUGAAAAAACAGGAUUAAAACAAAACCCUUCUGUCCAUUCCAUGGAAAACCAGGUGCUAUAUGAUAUACCCCCAGCCAGGUACAAGGCACUAACAACAAACCCUGAAGCCAGUGUUGUAAAUCCACAAUUGUAUGAUCUGCCACCAAUACAGCGGAAAUUAACAUUUCCAGAUAUCCCUCUUUAUGACGUUCCAUCCUCAAAGGAUGUGCUCCUCUUGCAGCAAAAUGGGAGCUGCGACGUACCCCCAAGUCUCCUGGCUCCAAAUGCUGAGAAUCAGAUUUCUGGAGGGAAUGUCUAUGAUAUUCCAAGAAGUUUGCCCACUGCUUUGCAGUCCAAGAAAGAGAUGGAAAAAAACAGCAAUCGUUCUGGAAACCAGGCAUACCAUGUUCCCCCAGAGCUCUCGAGAGACACCAAACUAGAACAUGACAGAUUAUCUGUUUCUAGCGUGGACAGCAGAAACAGCACUCUUUCUACAUCCUCAAACUCUUCUUCUGAGUCUUCUUCUGGGUCAUCAUCAGAAGAGCCUGCCAAAGAAAUUAAGCUGGACCUCGAGGUGGCCAUAGAGACGCUGACUAGAUUGCAGCACAGCGUAUCUAGCUCAGUUGCGAGUUUAAUGAUCUUCGUGAGCAGUAAGUGGAGAUUACAAGAGCACCUAGAGAAAAACAUUGAAGAAAUCCAUAGGGCCAUUGAUCACAUAAAAGUAUCAUUUGGAGAAUUCUUGGCCUUUGCUCGAGCCCUAAAGGUAAAUGCAUCCUACCUCACUGAUAAUAAUCUUCAGAUCAGAAUUAAAAAACAGCUAGAAAUUCUUAUGAACUCAUUCCAAAUCUUAACAGAAACAAGAGAAGCUCUAAACAACUGCAACUGGUCUUUAGAGGUUUUGGUCCUCAAGAAACCUUGCAACAACCCGGAUGACCUCGAUCGCUUUGUUAUGGUCGCCCGCACGAUUCCGGAUGAUCUCAAGAGAUUUGUAUCCAUCAUCAUUGCCAACGGAAAGCUUCUCUUCAGAAAGAAUGAGAAGGAGCAAGAAAUGAAGCAACCAAGAGUGAGUCCAGGAUAUAAAAUGCCAAAACAAAUCAUGGCGCCAAGAAGAAUAGAAAUAGAUUCACUUCCAGUAAACGCUCCUGAUAAACCCAACUCAAGUCAAGGCAGUAAUGAGACGACAAAGGAAAAUGUCACUGAGGACUGUGAAUAUGUUCAACUACAGGCACAGAAAAUAAUUUCUGGUAAAGAAGUGUCAAAGAAGAGUACAGAUUCAAAACCAAAGGUGUUGCCAUCUACAAAAAAGAACUCAGUUCGAAGCCAGCAAGAUUCUGCCAAAAAAAUCGUUGUUCCGGAGCAGUGCAAGCUGUGUUUCGGCGCCCUUCACAAGGCCAUUGCUGUGUUCAAUAACAGCCUGAGCAGUAACCAGCCCCCUGAAGUCUUCAUCUCCCACAGCAAAUUGAUCAUUAUGGUGGGACAGAAGAUAGUGGAUUCUCUCUGCCAGGAAACGCAGCAGAGAGAGGCUCGCAGCGACAUUCUCCACAGCAGCAGCCGGUUUUGCAGCCUCCUGAAGAACCUGGCACUCGCCACCAAAAAUGCUGCGAUACAAUAUCCAAAUGCAGACGCCAUGAGGGAACUUCAGAACAAAAACGAUGAGCUGUAUAAAUACACACAGCAGUUUAGAGCAAUGUUAGAAUGAGUGACUUCACUUUUUAUAAUUAUUGUUAGUAUUUUGAGCAGUGGUCAAAACUUGAAUUCCUGUGUUGUUACAGUUCUUCUGUCGCUCCCUUGGCAGCUGAAGGGCACGAGCAGCUCAGUGGUGCUGACUCUCAGCAUCUCUGCUGCCUGGCAGGCAGCUUCCCUUGGGUACCACUGCACCUCUAGCAGGUGAAGACCCACACACAACAGCAGGUGCAGGAGGGAUGCGUAGAAUUAAAUGUGUGCUCCCUUCCCUGGUGUUCAGGCUCUGUCUAGAAACGUUGUCCUCUUACUGUUGGGGCAGGAAUUUUUGCUGAGUAUUUGAGCAAAUGUAAUUACCUGAUUUUUUUAAUUUAUUAUUAUUUUUUAAUUUCUAUACGAAAAUAUAUUUUCCUACUUCUUUUUUUUUUUUUUUUUUUGAGUAUACAAAGCCUCUCUUGACAUUUACCUGUGCACCAUUCUGUAAGUUGUGAUAUAUUGCUAUGUGUACCGUCAUCAGCGGUUCCCGGAGCACUUGACUCCAAUCUUGUCAUUACAUCUGUUUUUUAUUCUUUCCCAAACGCGUUGCCUUUGCAGCUCUUGGAUAUACAAGUAUUGUGAAUGCAUUGCAGGACAAACCGCAUCUCACAGCCGUUAAUCAGAAACGCUUCAGCUGCUGUCUGAGCAUGGAUAGAAGACAGACAUGGAGUUCGACACCCACGGCUUUGGGGAUCACUCCUCCAUCACUGCCUCUGUGCAGCACCUCCGCCGUAUCCCACCUUCUCCCUAAUGUCAGUUAUUGUGUGUCACCACCUCUGCCCCCAGAGCUGCUGAUGUGAAGCAGCAGUGACGUGGGCCCUGUAAGCAUCCGUGCGGACUGUUCCUAUCCCUGUGCCGUUUGUAUUCUUCUUAUUUAUUUUAAAGUUUUAUCUGAAUUUUUAAA